UACUGUCAGAUGUCAUUGUUAUUCAACUUCUUCCCAGUUUUUAUCCAGGCCCAUUUGUUGGAAACUGUUUAAGUGUUUGGAAUACAGUGGUGAAUUGAGUCCUAGUCCCUGCAGUGUUUAUAUUCCAUUGGGAGAGAUACAUAAUAAACAAACAGACAUAUUUUGAAUUUCAGGUGGUGGUAAGUACUGUAAAGAAACCUGAAGAAAAAUGAAGAUGGGAGGCCUUUCUGAGCGGGUGACACUGAGCAGAAACCUGAUUGAAGUGUCAAGGAAAGGACUAUUGUAGUUUAAGAGAACAGCACAGCACGUGCAAACACUCUGAGGCAGGGAUGAGAAGAGCACACAGUUCAGGGGCCGAAGGAUCUGUGUGUGGAGAGUGGAGUGAUGGGUAUAGUAGGAGGAGGUUGACUCUUCACCACACUGAAACCAUUAGGAAAAAUCCUUGUGGUUAACAGCAGAGGCUUCAGAGUGUAACCUGUACUCGGGCCUAGAAAUUAUUUUAAAUGGCGACUGAUACAUCUCCAGGUGAACUCGUCCAUCCUAAGGCACUCCCACUUAUAGUAGGAGCUCAGCUGAUCCACGCGGACAAGUUAGGUGAGAAGGUAGAAGAUAGCGCCAUGCCGAUUCGUCGAGCUGUGAAUUCUACUCGGGAAACUCCUCCCAAAAGCAAGCUUGCUGAAGGGGAGGAAGAAAAGCCAGAGCCAGAUGUAAGUUCAGAGGAAUCUGUCUCCACUGUAGAAGAACAAGAGAAUGAAACUCCACCUGCUACAUCUAGUGAGACAGAGCAUCCAAAGGGGGACCCUGAGAAUGAAGAGAAGGAAGAAAACAAGUCUUCUGAGGAAACCAAAAAGGAUGAAAAAGAUCAGUCUAAAGAAAAGGAGAAGAAAGUGAAAAAAACAAUACCUUCCUGGGCUACCCUUUCUGCCAGCCAACUAGCCAGGGCCCAGAAACAAACACCGAUGGCUUCCUCCCCACGUCCCAAGAUGGAUGCAAUCCUAACUGAGGCCAUUAAGGCAUGCUUCCAGAAGAGUGGUGCAUCAGUGGUUGCUAUUCGAAAAUAUAUCAUCCAUAAGUACCCUUCUCUGGAGCUGGAGAGAAGGGGCUACCUCCUUAAACAAGCACUGAAAAGAGAAUUAAGUAGAGGUGUCAUCAAACAGGUAAAGGGAAAAGGUGCUUCUGGGAGUUUUGUUGUGGUCCAAAAAUCAAGAAAAACACCUCAGAAAUCCAGAAACAGAAAGAACAGGAGCUCUGCAGUGGAUCCAGAACCCCAAGUAAAAUUGGAGGACAUCCUCCCACUGGCCUUUACUCGCCUUUGUGAACCUAAAGAAGCUUCCUACAGUCUCAUCAGGAAAUAUGUGUCUCAGUAUUACCCUAAACUUAGAGUGGACAUCAGGCCUCAGCUGUUGAAGAAUGCUCUGCAAAGAGCAGUAGAGAGAGGCCAGUUAGAACAAAUAACUGGCAAAGGUGCCUCUGGGACAUUCCAGCUGAAGAAAUCAGGGGAGAAACCCCUGCUUGGUGGAAGCCUGAUGGAAUAUGCAAUCUUGUCUGCCAUUGCCGCCAUGAAUGAGCCGAAGACCUGCUCCACCACUGCUCUGAAGAAGUAUGUCCUGGAGAACCACCCAGGGACCAAUUCUAACUAUCAAAUGCAUUUGCUGAAGAAAACCCUGCAGAAAUGUGAGAAGAACGGGUGGAUGGAACAGAUCUCUGGUAAAGGAUUCAGUGGCACCUUCCAGCUCUGUUUUCCCUAUUACCCCAGCCCAGGAGUUCUAUUUCCAAAGAAAGAGCCAGAUGAUUCUAAAGAUGAGGAUGAAGAUGAAGAUGACUCCUCAGAAGAGGACUCUGAGGAUGAAGAGCCACCGCCUAAGAGAAGGUUGCAGAAGAAAACCCCAGCCAAGUCAUCAGGGAAGGCUGCAUCUGUGAAACAGAGAGGGUCCAAGCCUGCACCUAAAGUACCAGCUGCCCAGCGAGGGAAAGCUAGGCCCCUACCCAAGAAAGCUCCUCCUAAGGCCAAAACUCCUGCCAAGAAAGCCAGACCCUCACCCUCAGUCAUCAAGAAACCUAGUGGUGGCUCUUCAAAGAAGCCUGUAGCCAGUGUGAGAAAGGAAGUGAAAUUGCCUGGCAAGGGCAAAUCCACCAUGAAGAAGUCUUUCAAAGCAAAAAAGUAAAUUUUAUAGGAAAAAAGGGUAUCAUGUUGAAAUUCAAAAUAUUAUUUUCUAAGGUCAGUGUGCAUUUGUUUUAGUUUGAAUGCUUUUAAAAUUACAUUUUUUUUUCCUCUGCUAUGAACAUUGUGGGGAGGGAAUGUAAACCAGUUUAGACAUUUGUUAGCUUGAGGUGCUGUUCUUGGUGCCUGCCCCUUUCCUCAGUCAUUUUAAUUUCUGCAGUAAUUCUGGACUUCCCUGAACUAUGUAUAAUCUAUACUGGUCUUUUUUUCCUCCCUCCACCUCAACCCUUUUUCUUUUGUUCAGUCAGCUUUGGCUUUUUUUUUUUACUUCUAGUUUUAUCUAAACAGCUGCAGAGAUUUUUUAUAUUUGUAGAAAGCAUCAGAACAGGAUGCUGGUCAGGUGCUGGAAGUAGAGCAGAGGCACUGUAGCACUGACUGAAUUGCAAAGCCUCCUGCCUGGAGAUUUCAGUUUAUAGCUAUAAUAAUUAAUAUUAUUUAUAAAACCACUCCCCUAACCCUUUCCUCCACCUAUAAACACAGAGAGAUCUUUGCUUUGGGAAUAAGCCAAAAACCUUAUGCUCUCAUUAGAUUCUGAAGAUGCAGACUCCCUUGGGCCACUUUCAUGCUGAUCAGUUUGCAGGUAUUUUUCACUGGCCCAGGGCGUUGUGUUCCCUUAAUAGCAAGCACAGGUUUUUCCCACCGCUUGGUUUUUGACUGAAGGGGAAAUACAGGAAUAUACUCAAUUUGUGGUUUUUGGUGUUACCAAAAAUCAAUACAUAUAAAAUUUCUAGAUCAAAUGUUUAAAUAUAUUUUUAAUAUCUGGAGCAUGAGUUGUCACUUCCUGUUUGCCUUUUUUAUAAGGAAAUGUUGGAGAGUUACAUCAUUGCAAAUGCAGAAAUGUUAAGUGGGAAAACAUACAGUUUGCUGAAAUAAACUAGAUUCCAGAUUCAUCUGUGGGUUUCUCCCCCCCCCCCCUUUCUUUCCACAGCACUUUUGAUAUCAAGCAAGUGGCUUCCUUUUUGAGAUAGUGGGGGAAAAAAAGGGGAAAGAGAAAAAAAGCGGCCCAACUACCUAACCCUCUCUUACUUGUAUUUGUUUAGUAUUGUGAUGUUGUGUUAACUAUAGUACUAGCUUUCUUCUUGACAAACACUGAUUUCUGGUUAUCAUUUAUCCUCCCCGUGGCACUUGACAUUUUAAUGGUCUUAAACUUUUUUAUGUACGUCUUCUGGCCCUUUGAGUGUUGCCAGAGGCAAAGAUAUUUGUUUCAUUCAUUCCACUUACAUUGUCUGCUGGGAUCCCAUCUGCAGCCUGAAGUGCGGCUGGGUAAUGGACUUGAGAAGCUUGGCUUGAAUAGAUCCAUCAUAAUCAUGUGUGGUCCCAUCAUGAGUUCAUUGGAAUUUGUGUUGCAUGUAAGGCAAUCUUUCCUGUUGUAAAUCUUCCUUUUUUUAUGUACAUAUAUUUUGAAAAAUAUGAAUAAACAUGAAAUUUUAAAAGCU